AUGGAAGGACAUGCUUUCCCCGACCAGGAGCAGCUCUUGCUGUUUCUCAGGAGGCUCAAGGAGGUUUUCGAUGUGUGUGACGAGGAUGCUGACGGAUUCAUCCGGGUGGAGCACUUGGUGGACCUCGGUCUUCAGUUCGGUCAAGGAGACGAGGUGAAGAAGUUGACUAGGUACCUGGAUCCUAACGCUCAUGGGAAGAUCAACUUCAAAGACUUUUGCCAUGGAGUGUUUGCUAUCAAAGGUUGUGAGGAGAUACUGAAGAUGGCUGUGGGUCCUCGCAGUCGUACCUCCAGUCAGCCAGCUGUUACGGACAAUGGUUACAUUUACCAGAACGGUGAGGCAAAACUGGGUCCUCCCAUUAUCAUGUGUACGCGGUCCUACCCAGAAUGCAGUGUGUACGGUGAAGGCAAUGGCGCUGACGGGGAGUGUGACAUGGACAGCAGCACCGAAAAUGCCAACAGCUCCGACUGCCUGGACCCAACACAGCCAGACCGCCACCUGAUUGGCUCAGCGUCCGCGUCCGUCAUCUCCGGGGAGGAGCAGUUCGAAGACUACGGCGAAGGGGAGGACGUGGAUUUCACUCCUAGCAGCCCCUGUCCUGAAGAUGACACCCGAACAAAUGGCUUCUCAGACCUGGGGUCCUCCCUUCCCUCCAGUGCGGGGCAGACUCCUCAGAAGAUGCGGCAGCUGUAUAACAGUGAGCUGCUGGACAUCUACUGUUCUCAGUGCUGCAAGAAAGUCAAUCUGCUCAAUGACCUGGAGGCACGCCUUCGAAACCUCAAGGCUAACAGCCCUAAUAGAAAGAUUUCCAGCACAGCAUUUGGACGUCAGCUGUUCCAGGCCAACCACAGCGUGUUUGGGUCCAGUCAGGGCAGCAGCACAGAAGAUCUGUUCACAGACAGCAUCGACUCCUGCGACCUUGACAUCACAGAGAAGGUCAGUUAUCUGGAGAAGAAGGUGACAGAGUUGGAAAGCGACAGCCUGGCCAACGGUGACCUCAAGUCUAAACUCAAACAGGAGAACACACAACUGGUCCACAGGGUCCAUGAGCUGGAGGAGCAGGUGAAGGAUGCAGAGACGAGGGCUUAUCAGAGCCUGGAGGAGGAGACGAAGAGGCACCGGGAGGCUUACACCAAGAUGGAGAGGGACAGAAACUCGGAGAUAGAUCUGCUGUGUUUCAAGGUGCAGCAGUUGGAAGAAGAGAAUGGAGAGAUGAAGUUAAACGUGUGCAGACUCAAGUCUCAGACAGAGAAACUGGACCAGGAGAAACAGAGGAUGACGGACAAGCUGGAGGACACUAGUCUGAGACUGAAUGAUGAGAUGGACCUGUACAGGAAGAUCAUGGACAAGCUCUGGCACAACCGCCACGAGUUCCAGAAAGAAAAAGAGGCCAUGCAGGAGCUGAUCGAUGAUCUCCGCCGGGAGCUGGACUACCUGCAGAUGUUUAAGCUGGAGAUGGAGCAUCCUGGGAAAGGAAAGGGUCUGUCUGAGUACAACGUCAAGACCAGGGAGAUCGAAAUGGAACACGAAGUGAAGAGACUGAAACAGGAGAACCACAAGCUGCGGGAUCAGAACGACGACCUGAACGCUCAGAUCCUCAGUCUGAGUCUCUACGAAGCUAAGAACCUGUUCGCCUGCCACACCAAGGCCCAGUGCCUGGCAGCCGAGAUCGACAACGCAUCCAGGGAUGAGCUGGUCGACGCUUUAAAGGAGCAGGAGGAGAUCAACCUGCGUCUGAGGCAGUACAUGGACAAAAUCAUUCUGGCCAUUCUGGACCACAACCCCUCCAUCCUGGAGAUCAAGAAUUAA